AGAAGAAAAGAGAGAGAUUAGGAGAGGAUGGGGAGAAGCAUAUUUUCCUUUUUCACUAAAAAGAAAAAAAUGGCGAUGGCGAGAAGCAUCUCUUACAUCACCUCUACUCAGCUUCUCCCUCUCCAUCGUCGUCCCAACAUCGCCAUCAUCGAUGUCAGGGAUGAAGAGAGGAACUAUGAUGGGCAUAUAGCUGGUUCGCUACACUAUGCGAGUGGCUCGUUUGAUGACAAGAUUUCUCAUCUUGUUCAAAAUGUCAAGGACAAAGACACACUUGUCUUCCACUGUGCCUUGAGCCAGGUUCGUGGCCCAACUUGUGCAAGAAGGCUCGUGAAUUAUCUAGAUGAGAAGAAGCAAGAUAGUGGAAUCAAAAACAUCAUGAUCUUGGAACGCGGCUUUAAUGGCUGGGAAGCUUCUGGAAAACCAGUCUGUCGCUGUGCAGACGUUCCUUGCAAAGGCGAUGGCGCCUAAACACCCCCUACUACUGAACCAUAUUAGGGACCUAAUUGAUCUUUCCACAUUGUCAUCAUCAUGUAUUAAAAAAUGCUGAAUUAAGAUUAUUAUUCAUAAAAAUAGUCUCUUGCAGUUGUCACCAAAUAUGUUUUGGUUACAAUGGGAGACUACAAACGUUACUAUAUCUGCAAAUCACAAUACUAAAAGGGCUCUUUUGGUAUAUUGUAACGUUUUAUUGAGCGUCAAAGCCACGUUUAUUA